GACGAAUAAAUCACACACAUACGAGUGUUCACCUCAAAAAUAUGUAUCUACUAAAGUGUCUUUUAUUAAAAUGUAUUUUAAUAUUUUUCAUAAGCUGCUGUUUGUGUGAAAAUGAGGGUAACGCGGAAUCACUUGAUUGCAAUUGUGAUGUGCAAAUUGAUGUUGUGAAAAAUGUGUUGCAAAAACUGCAAAAGCUCGAAAAGCUCGUGGAGGAGAUUAAAGUACGAAACGAGACAAAGCCGGAGGGAAACCUCAAACGCACGCCUGCCAAUUGCCUCGAAGCAGCUGCUGGGACUUUCAAAAGCGGCAUUUAUAAUAUACAAAUCGUUCCUCUUGGCGACUCGAACUCCUUCGAGGUGUGGUGCGAUGAAGAAACCGAUUUCGGUGGCUGGACAGUCAUUCAACGGCGUAUAAGCGCCGCCGAGGACUUCUAUAGGGGUUGGGGUGACUAUAAGAAGGGAUUUGGCAAUUUAACGACGAACUUUUGGUUGGGUCUCGACAAACUGCAUGCACUCACGACGAGUUGUGAACAUGAGUUGUACAUAAAAAUGGAACGUUUCAAUGGUAAGAAAUAUUUCGCCAAAUAUGAUCGCUUUGUUGUGGGCAGCGAGACGGAAGGUUUCAUUUUGAAAAAUAUUGGCAAAUACAAGGGCACCGCUGAAGAUUACUUGCAAUCGCACGAAGGUAGUAAGUUCUCAACACAUGAUCGUGAUAAUGACGAAAAUAGCGAUGCGAGUUGUGCGAAGAAAUGGCGUGGCGGUUGGUGGUAUAACAGCUGCUAUUGGAGUAACUUGAAUGGCGAUUACACGAAGAAUGACAGCGGCGAGGGUCUAGUUUGGAUAGGCAUAGACCGAAAUGAGAGCUUGAAGUUCGUGCAAAUGAUGAUACGUCCAACCGAUAGUUGCAUAAAACGUUUGGCAUUGAGAUUUUGAGCCGAUUGCAGAAUAGUAUGAAUACUUACUUAUUUGUUCCACCAUUCGUAAUGUAUGUGGUAAUUUUUUUCUGUAUAAUUAAUACAGUUUUGAGUCUAAAAUAUAUGUAUA